AUGCUGACCGUGGUCCAUCAUAUCAACCCGCUGGCCCCAGCCUCGGUUGGCGGGUCCGCCGUGUCGGCUGCUGGUGGGCCCUCCUCCACCACCACCUGUUCUUGGACGUCGGCCAAGAUCGACCGCGAGCGCAAGGAGCGACGCGACGCCGGUGGCGCAGCGAGCUCCCUCUCCAUCUCGCCCACCGUCUCCUCCUCGCCAUCGUCCACCUCCUCCUCCCUCUCCUCCUCGCCCCUCUCCCCUUCUCCCCCGCGCUUCCCGUCUUCGUCGUCGCCGCUGGCCAGCACAUCGUCGGUGUCGCCGCCCAGCAAGCCGCCGGUGACGGUCGCGUCGGAGUCGCCGACGGGGCCGAGCCUGACGUCGGGCGACUCGACCACGACGUCGUCGGACUCGCUGUCGCCGCUGUCGUCGCCGCGGCUGCUGCCGUCGCAGCAGGCGGCCUCGGGCUCGUUCUCGGCCAUCGUGGGCCGCCCCGACAAGCGCGAGAUGGCCGUCCGCUACACCACCGCCCGCUACAGCGCGGGCAUAGAGACUGCGGGCACGGCGCCGUCAGCGCGUUGGGGACACACGGCCGUGCGCUUCGACGACUGCCUCCUCAUCUAUGGCGGUCGCUCGGCCGACGCCGAAGUGCUGGCCGACUGCCACAUCUUCAACUUUGGUUUGGGCCCUCUCCCUCCCAGCUGUGUGCGCGCGUCGGAGUUAAAAACGCACUGA